CGGCUCAGCAGCACACACUCCUCCUUACUCCCCACCUCAGAGCAGCUGCAUGACUUCCUGAGGAUUCUUUUGCAGUAGCUAGAGAUAAACACUCAUUUAUGCAUAUAACCUGCAAGUCUCCAGUUUCUAUUCUUUCUCCCUCUCUGUUUCUUCCCUUCCCCCACUUUGCACCAGGGAAGUUAAACUCUGGCGUGGUUUAAGCAGCUUGAGGACUAAUCAGAAAGAGGAAGAAGAAUCGGUAUAUACUGGCUAGCAAACGUGCCACGUCCUGACGUCUGUCUCUCCUCUUGAAAAGAAGCUUUUCCUAAAGAGCAAGCACGCUGUGAAUGGAGUGGACCAUCCAGAGGAUCCAGAUUUGUUCUGCAGCUCACUACCCAGGGCUAGCUCUCCAGGGGACUUACAGCUUGAGCGUACUCUGACGUUACAACGUAAGAACAGGGGCUACAAUAAGAAGGAAACUUUGUGGAGGUACUACGGUGCCAGAAAGAGGCACCAAGUAGACAUUCCUGGAGAACAUGGAUGAAGCUGAAAAUCUGACAAUAUCUUCUGUCAGUAAUAACACAUGCCACGACACGAUCGACGACUUCCGCAAUCAAGUGUACUCCACAAUGUACUCUAUGAUCUCUGUUGUGGGUUUCUUUGGCAAUAGCUUUGUGCUCUAUGUCCUCAUAAAAACGUAUCAUGAGAAAUCAGCCUUCCAAGUAUACAUGAUUAAUCUAGCCAUAGCAGAUCUACUAUGUGUUUGUACAUUGCCUCUCCGUGUGGUCUAUUAUGUGCACAAAGGCAAGUGGUUCUUUGGUGACUUUUUGUGCCGCCUCACCACAUAUGCCUUGUAUGUUAACCUCUAUUGUAGCAUCUUCUUUAUGACAGCCAUGAGCUUUUUCCGGUGUGUUGCUAUUGUUUUUCCUGUCCAGAACAUUAAUUUGGUUACACAGAAAAAAGCCAGGUUUGUGUCUGUUGGAAUUUGGAUUUUUGUGAUCUUGACUAGUUCUCCAUUUUUAAUGACCAAAUCUUACCAAGAUGAGAAAAACAAUACUAAAUGCUUUGAGCCCCCGCAGGAUAAUCAAACUAAAAAAUAUGUUUUGGUCUUGCACUAUGUGUCAUUAUUUGUUGGCUUCAUCAUCCCUUUUGUCAUCAUAAUUGUCUGUUACACAAUGAUCAUUCUGACCUUACUAAAAAAUUCAAUGAAGAAAAAUCUGCCAAGUCGUAGAAAGGCUAUAGGAAUGAUUGUAGUUGUGACAGCUGCCUUUUUAAUUAGCUUCAUGCCAUAUCAUAUUCAACGAACUAUCCACCUUUACUUUUUACACAGUGAAGCUAGACCCUGUGAUUCUGUCUUAAGGAUGCAGAAGUCAGUGGUCAUAACCUUAUCUCUAGCUGCAUCCAAUUGUUGCUUUGACCCUCUCCUAUAUUUCUUUUCAGGUGGAAACUUUAGGAGAAGACUAUCUACAUUUAGAAAGCAUUCUUUUUCUAGUAUGACUUACAUACCCAAGAAGAAAGCUUCCUUGCCAGAGAAAGGAGAAGAAAUAUGUAAAGAAUAAUUCAAACCCAUCUCCAGUGCAGAACAAUACCAAGUAUUUUCCUAAAUUGCAAUUUAAAAUAGUUUCCCAUUAAUAAUUUACAAAUUAUUAAAUAUAUAUCAUUUAUAAAUCCUAUCAUUUGAUAUUUUAAGUGUUCAAAAUUCAGUUUAUCACUGUGACCUAAGCCAUAGAUUUUUUUUUACUAUUCCCCAGAAGGUAGAAAAUAUUUGAGGCUCUGACCUAUAAAACUGAAUAUGAAAUCAAGAUAUUUUCUUUUUAAAUAAAGGGCUAAUAAAGGAUAUGAACUUGAAUUUGAGCCCAGCUCAUAAAUAUAGGUUUAAAAUUAACAAAUAGUCAUCAGUCAUCCUAACUUGUCCCUUUGCAUGCCUGCCAUCAGAUGAGACCUGGAGAUGACCCAGAGGCUACAGAAAUGUAAGAUCAGCCUAUUUCUUUGUAGUACUGACUAGCGAGGUAAAGCAGGACCCUAUCUUCCAGAAGAGAAUGUUCAAGUACUAGAACAGACCAGUAUUCAGCCAAAUAACUCUACAGGCUCCAUGCGAUUUACAAUCUGGAAACCAAGGAAGAUAAAUACGAUAAAAAGCCAGCUUGUCUCCAAUUCUCGUCUGUCCUUGCUUGACUCAAACCCCCAAAAGAGAAUGGGGUUUUUCUCGCUUAUUGAGGUUCCUAUUAUGAAUUCAAUCCUAACCCAAAAUAUUGGAUUAAUGAAUAAACCAACUGACAUUGCUACAUAUGAACAAAAACAAUUAAAAUUCAUCUGAAGAAAAGGAAAGAGAUCUACUUUUCUACAGGAGUUUUAUUCUGAUCAAAAUUUACUAUAUAAGAUAGAAGAAAAUUUGAAUAGCUAUCAUUUUCUUAAGAAGUGCACUUAUGUAUAUGUAUAUAAAUAUAUGUAAUCUAUCUUGUUCUAUAUUAUGCAUUUAUAGUUAGUUAAUUAUGAAAUUUAUUGUUGUUUAUACUGUCUGCUUUUUUAUUGCAUGUUGAAAGCAAUAUCAUUUAUUUGCAAUGAUUUUUAUAGUAGAAGCUUUGUUCUUAAAACAAACCAUUGGAAAUAGCUUGGUUGUGACUAAAAUAUGAUAUUUAUUGGCAAAGUUUUGCUGAGGUUCAUUCUGUUCUUAACUCUGAGUUUCAAAAGUCACAAUACCUCAGAAUAAAUAAACGAUAAUAGUGAUGGAAAAAAGGAAAACCGUGAAUGGAGUUCUGUUUUCAUCUGCCACAUGUGAGUCAUUUCUAUUUCACUUCUACAGCUUCACUCUUUUGGGAAAUAAAAAAAGGACAUAAUGAAGAAAGACUCCUAGGGAACAGAAAUAACUGGAACUCUGAUGAACAUUUCUGAAACCUGGUAGUACCUAUUACUUUUGCUCUAUAUUAUUUCCUUUUGCUUGAGACAAAAAAUUAAAUACAUUUGUCAUAAGAAAACAGGUCUCAUUUUCUAUGUUUCUGUUUUGGGGAAAUCAGCAUAGAACACCUGCAUGCUAACCUAGUCUCUAUUAAUAGUUAUGUAACUUUAAGCGAGACCUAUAAACGCAGAACCUCAAUUCCUCAACUGUAAAAUGAGAAUGAUGCUUGUUUUGCCUUUCUUGUGAGAAUUUUAAGGAUUAAAAUACAAUUAGACAUGCUAAAAUUUUAAAUCUGUUAAAUCUCAUAAACUAGAAAGAUUAGCUCUCAUUAUACAUUUAACUUUUUAUUUCAUUCAUCAAGUAUCACUUCUGUAUCCUCAAAAGCAUUUCUGAUCUUAAGCAAAUGUCUCCAUUUUAGUUUUUAGAAUAAACAUAUUUGGUUUUGUGUGUUCUUCUUAAACUGUAAGCUGGUUUUUCUUGGCUAUAAGGGAUGUACUCACUCAUAUUUGGUUUCUAGUCAUAAAUAAAGGACAUUGAGACUAUAAUUCGUGAUUCUAGAGAAGCUAAAUAAGAAGGUGAAUCCAAAGAAAAACAUAUAAGCAUCCUCCUGAAUAUUAACCUUCAUCAGGCGAUGAAAGAAGACAGAGACAGAGACCAACAUUGGAGCACUGGACUGAAGUGUCACGAUCCAA